AUGAAAUUUGAAAGAAGAAAUCCUGAUCCACCAGAAGCAAUAAAGAAAUAUACUUAAAGAGACCUAUAUAACUAAUACAGAGAGGAUAAUGGUAUAAGAGAUAGUAUUGAUCCAGAUACAGAUCUUGGCAGAUAAAUAAUAUAUAAAUUGAGAUUAGGAUUGAGUCUGUACUAAAAUCCAAUCAUUCAUUCGAUAUAUUAGAUCACUCCAGCUAAGAAGCAAACAUAAUAAAUUGACUCUUAAUUGCAAUUCAGAAGGGAACUGUUAUUAGAUUCAUGGGUGACAAAGGAUGAAAUAGAAAAUACCUCUGAUAUCCUUGGUAAAGGAAAGGGAUUUAACUUUGGGAAACCUUAAUGCUUUACAAUAGGAAAGAGAUUAGACUUGUCGGAGUAGCUUUAAAAUCUAGAAUUCCCCAAAUCCUUGACUCUCUAUUUGUACUAGUUAGAUGUUGGCUAGGCAUUCUGCUAUCCAGACAAAGUCACAAAAGAAGAAUCUAGAUAAAUAUAGCUUCCAAACAAUUAUGACAGCGUAUUUAUUCAUUUGAAGGAUAGUCCAUUUGAUAUUCACUAAAGUCAGAACUAAUAUAGCAGGAAUUACUUGAUAUAUAAAGAGGAGCAAAUAACUCCACUAUUCAAAGUGUCUUUCAAAGUUUUAAAUAAGGUAGCAAUUCCUUUUCAAAUGGCAAGAAAUGAAAUCAAGACAUGCGAGGAAUGCAAGGAACCAGCUACUUUGUUUUGUAAAAAUGAAGACCAAUUCUUCUGCAAUCAAUGUGAUUACACUUGGCAUAACAUUAAUAGUUAAAGCCCCAAACAAAACGAUGACUAAAACUUUGAGGAUCAUAUAAGAUAUGAUCUGAUUGAGCUAGAAUCACUUGCUGACAAUUUUCAAAAAGACUACGGGCACUGUGAAAGUCAUAAUAAAAGAGUUUAUGAGUUCUAUUGUGGAUAUUGCAAAGAAGCAAUGUGUGCUCUUUGUAUUGUUGAUUAGCAAGAAAAGCAUUAGCCUAAAUAUGAACAUCCCAUAAUGGAAUUAUCAACUGCUUAUGACUAAGCACUAAGAAGUCUAAAGCGCAGAAAUGAUGAAGUAGAAAUGAAGUAAUACUUAAUUAGAGAGUAAAUGCAGUAAGUCAUAGAGCAAAUGAAAAGACUGAAGUCAAACUCAGAUGACGUUGAGGAGAGAUUAUAUGCCCUGCUCACUGAAACUCUUUAGCUGUUAAAGAUUAAAUUCGAAGAGAAAUCUAACAUUCUUAAAAAUGAUUUCUCAGAGUUGUAGAGAUAAGAAAGUGAGAUGAAAUUUUUAGAGGAUUUUAUGGUGAAGCAAGCUCAUGAGUGCGAUCCUAUCUAAUUUCUACAAAUAUGGGAUGCCUAUCAGUAUAAUAUGAAGCAGAUAGCUAGACAGAAAAUAGAAUUGACUGAAGUUCCAAUUGACUUGAAGUUAGAAGGGAGACCAAUUAUAAUCUCAACAAGUGGGGGAAUAACAAAAGAAUAAUUUCAAGAGUAUAAAACUCAGCAAAGUAACGAUCUCAAAUCUAGUCUCUUGAGCAAAGUAAAGCUAUCUAUAACCAAGCAUCUUACCUAGAGCCCUUAAAUAGAUAUUAAGAGAGAUUUCAAUGACUCUAAAAUUAACUUUAAUGAGAGAAGCAUGAUUUCCUAGAGAAAAUAGUAAAGCUACAAUGAAAACACCUAGCAAUUACUAUCCAAAAAGGAAAAGAGAAAGGUAUUGAGAGAUAAGAUAGAUCAUUUGCACUCUAAACUCUCAGAUUAGUUUCUCUAGUAAAGAAGUCAAAAAGGAGAUAGUAUUACAAUUUCUGAGAAAAAUGCUGAUAACUCCAUCAUAUAGAAGUCAAUAUUUGGAGUGUUUCAUAAGUUUUACCCUUAAAUGAUUAAUCAGGACUUAGACUCUAGGUUCCUUAGCAGAGUAUUUAGAGGUUCAAAUAUACUUUCAGACAUCAACAAGUCACUUUUAUACUUCAACUUACCAUAUGAUCCUAUUUUGAAAGAUAGACAUCAACCUUAAUAGCUAUUUCCACCUUUGAAUUCAGAUGAAAAGUUACCAUAGAUAUACUAGGUAAUUGAUUUCUUUGAAAGAAAAAAGGCUCAUCUUAUGCCAAAUAUAAUUCUGAUGCAAGUUGAGAUAAGAGGGUAAAGAAAUAUUGUGGGUGGAUAUUCAUCUCAUGGAUGGACAAGAGAUUCAUAGGUCACUAAUUUUGUUAAUGGACUGGACUUAUCCAUGCACCUUGGAGGUGACGAAACAUCAUUUAUGUUUAACUUAACUCACAAUCUGAGGUUUGAGGCUACAAAAGUAAAAGAUACAAUAUAUACUUAGGCAGCAUAAACUUACCUGGCUAAUGACGAUACAUUUGAAGAAGAGAAUACAAAUUCAGAUGAUAUUGAAUAUGAUGAUGAUGGAGAACAAAUACUGUAAAAGAUAUAAAUGAAGAAUAAAAAGCGAAGUAAGAAGAGAAAUAAGAAUAACUUGAACAGCUAUAUUAUGAAGUUUGGAGAGACAGAUCUCUUGAUUGCUGUAAGUCUAAAUUAAUGA